AUGGACAGCGAGAACGCAGGCCGGCCUGCUCCUGUCUGCGUGCUGGGCAUAGACCUGGGCACGACGUCGGUUAAGGCAGCCUUGUUGGUAGGGGCUGAGCGAGGGCAGGUGGUGGCAGAGAGCUGCUCCAGGGAGACGCAGGCACACACCAGUAGCCUGGAAGCUGGACCGCAGGGAAUGGAGCAGAAUGUCCAGAGAAUAAUAAGAGCAUUGAACGAAUGCCUUGCUGCUCUACCUCAGCAGCAGCUUCAAAGAGUCAGUCACAUUGGCAUUUCAGGACAAAUGCACGGGAUUGUAUUUUGGAAAAAAGAUAAAGGUUGCAAGUGGACAGAGUGUGGUACAGGCCCUACCUUUGAGCCGGAGGAGGUCAGUCAUCUGAUUACUUGGCAAGAUGGCCGCUGCAGUCCCACCUUCCUCUCUUCUCUUCCUCUGCCACAGUCACAUAUCAGCUUGGCUACGGGAUUUGGAUGUGCCACAGUCUACUGGUAUUUAAAGAAGAGUCCAGAUUUUCUGAAGUCUUAUGACGCAGCUGGCACUAUCCAUGACUACGUGGUUGCCAUGUUGUGUGACCUGAAGAAGCCACUCAUGUCCGUCCAGAAUGCUGCCAGCUGGGGAUAUUUUAAUUCCAGAAACAAAAGCUGGAAUACUGACAUAUUGAAAAAAUCCGGCUUUCCUGUUCACUUGCUUCCAGAGGUGGGAGACCCUGGCAGUAUUGCAGGCAGGACAAUCUGUGCAUGGCAUGGAAUACCCAAAGGAGCAAAAGUGGGAAUUGCUCUGGGAGAUUUCCAGUGCUCUGUUUAUUCCUGUCUGUCUGAGAGGACUGAUGCAGUUCUUAAUAUCAGUACCUCUGCUCAGCUGACUGUCUCAAUGCCCCCGGGUUUCCAGCCUCCAGAGACACCAGAUCCUUCCUCAGCUGUUACUUAUUUUCCCUACUUCAAUGGUGACUACUUGGCAGUGGCAGCAUCACUUAACGGAGGCAAUGUGCUAGCAACAUUUGUGGACAUGGUGGCACAGUGGACGCAAGAGCUAGGACUUCAGGUUCAGGACUCUGCCAUCUAUACAAAGAUAAUCAAAGCAGCCUUGGCCCAAAAUGACAGCAAACUCUCGGUCCACCCAACCAUAUUUGGAGAGAGACACAUUCCCGAGCAGUUGGCGUCCGUGACCAAUAUUGCUGUCUCCGACCUCUCCCUGGGUCACAUAACCAGAGCUCUGUGUCGUGGCAUCAUUGAAAACCUCUGUUCCAUGUUACCUGUGCAGCGCCUGAUGGAGACGGGAGUGAGGAGGAUUCUGGGGAGCGGGAGUGCCCUUGCCAGGAAUGAGGUGCUGAGGCAGGAAGUGGAAAGGAUUUUUCCGUUCCCUGUGGUUUAUGGGAAGGAUGUUGAUGCUGCUGUGGGGGCUGCCAUGGCAAUGUUCCACAGAAAAUAA